UAAUGUGUAACGUAUUUUUUUCGCAGAACUUAUUCUAUUCGAUCAAGAUGAGGUAUACCAUUCUGGCACUGACGGUUGUGCUUUGCCUCGCAUUCGUGAGCUCGAAUCCAAUUCCGGAAAGCGGACUUAGCUGGGAGACGGCCAGCAGCGAGAAUUCGCCCUCCUGGGGCGAACAGAAGCCUAUAAUAGGUCCGACAAAAGGUAUGACGAUGGCUAUACCCGGUCCUUGGACCAGACUGCUCCUCAUCGGUAAUCGAGGACUGGCGCAAGUUGUAGAGGAUAUCAUAAUAAGAUGGUGUGCUGUAAGCCAAAAGUGGAUUAACUUGUUGGCGAAAGGCACCUGGUAAUUUAAACAACUUAUUCAAGGAUCGAGAUGAGGAAGCACAGAAAGGGGCCUCGCCGGCCUUGGUACCGAUGGAUAUAAAUGCAAGUCGCCUCUGCUAGAAAGGAACACGGGUACGACGUU